AUGGCGAACCGCUGUGUUUUUUCGAAUCAAAAUAACUACUCGAAGCUUGAGGAAGCACUAGAAUCGAUACUGGCUGGUGAAGAUCAAGAUAUAGAGUAUGAUGUAGUGUUAUUACCGCCAGAUCCUGCUACCGUAAUUGACGAAGAAGAGGGUAAUGAAGACGACUUAAUUUCUUCAACACUUCCAAGGGAUGUUCCAGGGACUUUGGAGGUAAUUCAUCGCCAUCCUGAUUAUGACGUUUCGAACUGGAAUGACAGUGACGAUGAGCCCCUAUCAAACACGGCUGGGACCGCAGAACACUCUAGAAAUAAGCGGCCUAGAAACCAACGCGAGCAGCCCGAAGUACUUGUUUGGAGGAAAACUUUACCCCAAUACAGUGCUGUUUAUGAUACUACGGAUACAUAA